GCCUCUUUGUUUGCUUUCUCCCUGCAACGCCUGUUCGUCUGGUGUCUCUCAAACCACUUCUUGAAAAAUAAAAGUGGGAAAACGGAACGGACGCGCUGUGCGGAGUAGCCAGUACUUUCUACUCCGAAAGUGCUUCAGCCCGUCCCUUCGGGUGUCCGCCCCGGAUCCGGGAUCAUCUCGAGACACCAGCCUGCAUCGCCGUCUCUCCAUGACUGACACCAAACGAGAAGAUUCCCAGAAAGAUGCAGAGAAUCCAAGGGCCCCCCCUUUUCCCCCUCCUCCUCCCCCGAGCCCAACGACAUCUGGCACCUCUUCCCCCUUCCCCACGACGGACCGAAAAGCUUCCCCAGGUUGUCAAACUCGGCCUCGUCAUGCCUCCUAAUGCAGAGAAUGAAUGCAGCUCUUACUAGCGAGUGCAUGUCUGCGCUGCGCUGCUGCUGCAAUGCCUGCGAGCCCAACAUGGAGCUGGUUCGGGCUCAAUUGGCUCCAAUUGCUUCUGCCAGAGCAUCACCGGUUUAGGCGCCUGGACGGCUUGAGCUGCAUAUGAGCUGUCUCUGUCUCUGGUCUACCCUACCCGAUUAGAGGUAGCCGUCCGUAUCUGCAGGAGGAGUAACGGACGGCACGCUGUGUGAUGACCGAGUCAGGCAGCGAGCCACCGACCGUUUUCCGAGUCGCAAUUCGCAAGGCAUUGGGAGCCGUGUAUCGGAUGGAUACCGUGAAAUAAUAAUAAAUGAUAAAAAUGAUAAUGACAAUGAAAAAAUGCCUCCAUCACGACGACAGUCAGUAGCAGUACGUAAAAGGCCGUGGAAUAGUAACAGCAGCUGAAGGGCGUGUAUCUUGAAUUGAAU